UACUAUUUAACUGAACCACUCACUUCUUCUGGUCACAGUGCAGAUCAGCAGAACAACACCAUGAAGGUUCCUUUCUCCAGUCUCCUCCUGCUCCUACUCCAGGAAAGUGGCAUCUACUCCAUAUGCUGUGAGCACAAUAAAACACUGAUCUUUGGAGCUGAGGAGGGGAAUGUCCUUCUGCAAGUGGAGCGUAGGUUUCCCAUACGAGACAUUUCAUGGUUUGUUGGUGAAAAGAUGAUUGCGUCAACGUAUCUGAAUGGCGAGAUGCACAUUCCUACAUUCACAAACAGACUGAGCAGCACGACGGAUGGAUCUCUACGCAUUCACUCCCUAGGAAAGAAAGACCAGGGGGUCUAUACGGCCUAUAUACGGCAAAUGGAUAAAGAGAUCUGUUCCCAAAAGUACGAGCUGCAAGUGUAUAGAAAUUUAUCUCAAACUGAUAUCCACAUCAACCAUAGCGUAUCCAUAAAGGAAACAUGUGACGUCACCUUGUUUUGUGUGGUGAAUGGAACUGACGUAACGCUUACUUGGCUUAACGUAGGGAUGGACCAGACUGUAUCAGUGAACAGGGAUCUCCAUGUCUAUGAUGCUCAUCAAGGGGAAACCUACAUCUGCACAGCAGGGAAUCCUAUCAGAAAUGUUUCCAAAGCACUAACGCCUUGGGAUCUCUGUGAGCAAGCUAAAGCCCUGAACCACUGCAGACUACAAAAUAUAAUAAAGCUGGUGCUGCUCAUAUGGAUAAUGCUACAGGCCAUUUGCCUCCUUAUCCACCAGAGGGCAGCACAGCGCAGGAGGCAAAGGGCCAGAGGACUCGCUCGUACGCACUCAGGUCACAACUGGAUGAAGAUUCCAUAACAAAGUAAAAAUGUUGGAGUUACUUAAAAAAUGAAAUGUAAAUGAUUUGUAUUCUUAUUGAUGAAACAGGGGGUAUAGUAAUAGAGCUAAGUGUUUCUAAUAUGAAGGGAAGAGCUAGAAAAUAAAUGGGGUAUAGAAUACAAAAUGAAAGAGAACUUUUUGAAGAAUAGACACUGAAAAAAGUGUCGAAGAGCAACACAAGCAUGAAAAUGAUCUUGGAGGUUAUCAAAUAAGCCCUAUGUUUUGUUAUUUGGUUGCCCAUAUGCACUGACAGUCUGUAUGAGGCUUUGUGUGGGGUAAACUUGUGUCAUUAGGUCUCCAAAUCUUGCCUCCAACCCCGGAGUGUAAAAAUAAUAAACCUGCUUUGGAGCCACUGGGAGCAACAUCAAAGGGGGGAGUGAGGAAUAUGUUGUUUAUGGGCCACUGGUUGGGGAUCACUGGUAUAGAGUAAAGGCAGACAAGAUAUAGAGUUUUCUUCCUACAUAAUAAAGAAAGACAAGCGAUGGAAUUGUAUUAAUAUGGUCACAGAACAACCCCUCGGUGACUUCUAAUAUCCUUAUCAUUUACAGUAGG